UGCGUAAAACGUCAUCAAUUGAUGUGUAUUUACACGGGUACCUAGGCAAAUAAUUUGGAGCUGGACUCCAGGAGAAAAUCGUUUUAUUAGGCUUAGAAUUGAUCUAAAAUAUGCCGGAGUCAAUCAGUAUCAAAGUUGUUGGUAGGUGUAGGCCAUUGACAGCAGAAGAGAACAAGAAAGGUGCAAAAGUGGGCGUGUCUGUAGCUGGGGACAAGGUCAUUGUUCAAAGUGGAAAGACAGAGCAAAGCUUCAGCUGCGAUGGCGCAUACCCACCAGAGUACAGAAAUAGCCAGAUAUACAAGGAGAGGGUUGAGCCAUUGGUACAAAGAGCCAUGGAAGGUUAUAAUGUCACAGUGCUUGCUUUUGGAGCUGCAGGAUCCGGUAAAAGCAUGUUGAUGACCGGCACAGACGAUGACCCUGGCAUGAUACCAUCUGCAAACAGAAGUCUUUUUGAGAUUGCCAGCAAACAAGGUGGGAAGGAUUUCAUGAUAAGUGUUUCUUAUGUGGAGAUUGUAGAUGAGAAAAUGACAGAUUUGUUGAAUCCUCACACUAACACCAUGAACAUCAGACAGCACCCAACAAAAGGAAUUUUUGUGGAUGGACUGUCUGAGAUUAUUGUGAAGAGUGCUGAUGAGAUUGCGCAAUACUUUGAGCAGGGAACCAGGGCCAGGAAAAUGGGUGCCACUGACAUGAGGUCACAUAGACCCAGGGCUAAUGCAGUGUUUACUGUAAUAAUUGAGCAGAGAGAGAAGCAGUCCAGUAAAGUUGGCGUACGAUCAGUGUUACACAUGGUGGACUGUGCAGGAAACAAUGCCAGCGGUCUGUCUGAUCCAGAAGUGCUAGCAGGAGUUCAGGGGUUACAGAAUGUGUUGAUGGCUCUAGGAGGCCCAAGAAAGGGGAGUGGGGUUCCCUACAGGGAUUCUAAGAUUACAAGAUAUCUUCAGGAGUCACUUGGAGGAAAUGCUAUCAGUUUGUUGUUUGCCCUGGUAUCUCCUCUAGAUAAAUCAGGCCAGGAAAACACAAACACUAUGCAAGUUGCUCAGUUUGCAAAGAAUGUGAAAAACAGGGUCAAGUUAAACUUGGACGAAACUAAUGAAGUAAUUGCUGACCUGAGGGAAGAGAUUGGUAAAUUGAGGGACAAAAUUGCUUCCACAUCGGAACCUAGCAAGGAAGAUGUUCUCAAAAUGGAGGACCUGGUGAAGGACUUGCAGAUUGCCAAGAAGCAGACCUGGGAUGAGAAACAGAGGGCUUCUGGGAGAUUUGAGGAGGAGCGGAAAGUGAAUCUGGCAAACAAGGGUAUAUUAGAGUGGGUGACUGACAACAUGAAGAAGGGAAGUAAAGAGCUGCAAGAGAAAGUACAGAUGUUACAGAAAGAGAAAGAUCAAAUAAUGGCGGCAUACAAGGAGAAACGCGCCAUUGUAGACAAACUUAAAGCUGAAUUACAAAAUAAGAUUGCACAGUACUCAAAGUUUGCUGAAAAAGGUAAAGCAUCUGAGGCGGAGAAUAAAGCUCUGGUAACUGCUAUACAUAAACUGAAGGAACAACUCCGAGUAGAAACUGAGAAACUGAAAACCCUUAAACAGCAACUGGUUGACGUACAAGAAAGACAACAGCUAGAAAAAGAGGGAGCAAAGGCACAGAUGGCUUCAAUGAAGGGAAGUGCAGAACUGCGUCAGAAAGUUGAGCUUGAAGAAAGGAAGAAACUUGAAGAAUCAAACAAGUCGCUGGUGGCCGAGGAGUUAGAACGUACCAGACUGGACAUUGACGCGGAGAAAGCUGAAAUUCAGAUGCGUGCAGCGGAGGGGAAGAAAUAUUCCACCAAGGAGGGUGAGGAACUUGAGAUUAAAGUGGCUGAAAUGAAAGCAGAGAAGUCAGUCGUUACAUUACAGUUGCAGUGUAUACAACAAGAGAAGGCAAGACUGGCAAAAGAAUUAGAGGAGAUACAUAGACUACACAAAGACGAGAUGGAACUACAGCAACUUCAACAUUAUCAGACAUUCAGGAAUUAUCGUGAAAUGUUUGAGGAGCAGAAGGUGGCUAUAGAACAACGUUACCGCCACUUGCUUGAUGAUUCUAUUCAGGACGCAGUCUUCCUGUCCGCACGCAACAACGAACUUGUCCUUGAAAAUCAGGAGCUCAGACUACAGCUCAAUGAAAUGAAGGACGUUGUCACAAAAUUGGGUGGAAGGUUGCCGAGUUCCGUGGAAAAUCCACUCUAAACGCUGACCAUGAUAAAAGCAUUUGGACAAUCACUAUUAAUACUUGUGAUCAAAAUUGAUAAAACCAAAGAAAUACUGGUAAAAAAAUGACUUAAAAAUGUAAUCAAAAACUGCAAAACCAAAGAAAAACAAACCUGUAAUAUGUUAUCAAAAUCAACAAAAUUAAAGGAAAAAAAGACAUUCUAUUUAUGCAAGACCCUUACCACAUCCCCACAAACGCCCCUCCCCUAAUGAAUUCAAACAAAUUUGAUUAUACAAAUUUUAAAAUCAUUUGAAUCAUCAUUUGAAUUAAAAUUAGUUUGACUGUAUUACUGAAAGUAACCAGGAACAUUUUUGUAAAUAUUCCAUGUGGGGUGGAGUUAAGAACAUUAUUUUGCAAUUUUUUUAUUUAUUGGAUGAAAAUUAGAGAAAAGAUGCUGGACAUUCCUUUGAAUGCUGGACAUUCCAUUAUAUAUUUUUGUAUAUGUUU